AUGAUCCUCCGUUUCCUUUUGCUCACCCUUGCAGUUGGACUCCGCUUGAACAACGACCCGGUGCGGCCGUGGGAAGAGCACCCAGCGAGCACGGCCGAGGAGCUUCAGGAGCUCCUGACAAGCAUGAUUGUGGAGGCCGGCACCGUUCAGGUCCCUCGCAAGGCCGGCGGUGCAGAAGCGCAGGAGGUGGAGCUCAGAAAGGUGGUUGCCGACAUGCGAAAGCCCAAAGAUCUGCUUGCCAACAUGAUCUACACGAUCUGGCAGAGUAGCAGCACGAAGCGGUGCCAUCAGCAGCUCGAGCAGGUGAUGGGCAACCUUACGCUUACCUGCGAAGGGUUGCAGCCAAAAGCCGACUGGCUUCUCGACUACUAUGCUUCUCCCCUCCCGAACAAGACCUGCACCCAAAGUGUCAGCGACAUCUUUGCUUCGGGAGAUGAGCUCGUCUCGAUCCUCCAAGUCUCCAGACGUGCAGUGGCUUCCUUGAAGGUGUCCGACGAGACGCUCCGUCGGUAUCAGGCGCUCUCCUUUUUGAGGAACUGGCUGGUGAACCUCACCCGCACUCAUCAUGAUGCACUGGUUUGGGCCGGCUUCUGGGAUGGGGAUCCGCAGAAGCGCACGACGAAGGGGAAGCUUUCCAACUUUGCCAAGUCAGUAGAGCAUGCGACGAUGCACCCAGAUAGCUUCCUCGGCCAAGUCAUCGAGGGGAGCCAGAACCUCGACGCUUGCUACGAGGAUGCCCAGACCAUUGCACUUGCAGGAAACAUGUGGUCCAUCGCGAGCAUGAGCUUCGUGCUCGGGAUGCGCGAGAAAGCGCAAGGAACCGUCAUCGCUCUGGUCAACAAGAAGAUCACGGGGGAGCGCAACUUGUCCCAGUCCGUGCUUUCCACCCAU